AUGUCGGUCUGUGAUCGGCCGAAGUUGCCCGAGGGUUUCCAAGAUCUUUUAGAGGAGCUGUCCUAUGAAGUUAUGGUGGAGAGACCAGCUGAUGUGAUCCAGUUCUCAAUAGAUUUCUUUAAAUCUCGACGUGGUCCGAACAACACCUGCAUAACCAAAAAGGCUACUUCACGAAGAGCCAGCGAUGAUCCUCUUGGCAACGACAGAUCUCUUCACCUUAGUUCAUGCCCUCGCGACAAAUUCUACCGAAGGCCUUAA